GUAGUAGUCAACCUAGUCAACUGGUCAGCAAUAGCAAUGUCAGCAAUAGUCAGCAUCACUACUAUCAGUACUAUCAGUAGUCGUAGCGUCGUAGCCGUCAGUCUGUCACUUGGGUCACUUGGGUCACUUAAUCAUCUGUAAUAUUGCCAGUUUCACGUGUACUCGCGAAAUACUUAUAUAAGUUCAAUUACAUACAGGGAGGCCCAGGACUAUGAUCCAGUAUAUUUAUCCUAAAAUCUGCUGUAUUCUACGUGCAAUGAACUUGCACUUAAGGAUUCCGCAAUCUUUAAGAAUCAGAUCCGUAUCACCUGUUGUGUCGUGUGUUCGAUGCUAUGCCGAAACGUCCACGAGACGUAUUUCCUACGAAAACGAAAAUACCAAUCAGAAUAACUCUGAAAGUAAUUCUCGUAGAAGAUAUGCAGCGUUCGUCACCGUUGCGGCAUCCAUGUUAGGUUUAUAUUAUUAUACGUCUCAUAAAAAAGUCUGUGCUCUGACCAAAAACCCUGUCGAAUGCGGAGAAUACAGAGCAGACUUAAAAACGUAUAGCAUGCAGGAAGUAAGCAAACACGAUAAUAAAGAGAACGGUAUCUGGAUAACAUUUAGACGAGGAGUGUACAAUAUAACAGACUUCGUUGAUAAACAUCCAGGUGGUCCUUCUAAGAUAAUAAUGGCUGCUGGUGGUUCUAUAGAACCGUUUUGGACGAUCUUUGCUAAUCACAACAGAAAGGAAAUAUACGAGCUUCUCGAAACAAUGAGAAUAGGAAACAUAUCUGAGAAUGAUGUAAUUUCCGACGUAUCUAAUGAACACGAUCCAUACGCGAGAGAGCCUGUGAGGCACAAAGCGUUGAAAGUUAACGGUCAGAAACCGUUCUGUGCCGAACCACCCCCUUCUUUGUUGAUCGAAAGCUUCGUUACACCGGUGGAACUGUUUUACGUUAGAAAUCAUCUUCCUGUACCCGAGUUAGAUUCAGAGAGCUACGCUUUAGAAUUAGCCACUGAGGAAUCAACGAGAAAGACUCUGAAAUUGGAAGAUAUCAAAAAAUAUCCCAAGCACACAAUCACAAGCGUUGUAAUGUGUGGUGGGAAUAGAAGAUCGGAAAUGGCAGCGGAAAAACCGCUAAAGGGUCUUACUUGGGGUGUAGGGGCUGUAGGUAACGCCGUAUGGACCGGCACCAAGCUCUGCGAUAUCCUCAGAGAUUUAGGAAUCAAUGAGGACGAUUACGAUCACGUACAGUUCGAGGGAUACGAUUUGGAUCCUUCUGGUACACCUUAUGGUGCGAGUAUACCUAUCGGAAGAGCUAUGGAUCCUAAAGCAGACGUGAUUCUAGCUUACGAAAUGAAUGGACAAUCUAUACCGAGGGAUCAUGGAUUUCCUAUUAGAGUAAUCGUUCCUGGUGUUGUGGGCGCCAGAAAUGUGAAGUGGCUCGCAAAAAUAAUCGUCUCGAAGAAAGAGAGUCCGUCGCAAUGGCAGCAGGGCGAUUAUAAAGUUUUCUCUCCCAGUACCGAUUGGGAUAACGUAGACUUUUCUAAAGCGCCAGCUAUCCAAGAGAUGCCUGUGAUUUCGGCUAUUUGUAAACCGGAACCAUUGGAAAAUGUGAAAGUGGUAAACGGGAAGAUAAACGUGAAAGGAUACGCGUGGUCGGGAGGAGGUCGGAAAAUUGUACGAGUUGAUGUAACGAACGACCAAGGCGAAACUUGGCAUACGGCGAAUUUAGACGCUGAAGAUACCAAUGCUAAAGAUGGUCGGCACUGGAGUUGGACGCUUUGGAGUAUAGAUCUCCCCGUUCAGAAAGGCUGGAAGGAAACAGAAAUUUGGGCGAAAGCUGUAGACGCGUCGUACAAUGUGCAACCUGAAACUGUAAAAAAUAUUUGGAAUUUACGGGGUUUCCUCUGCAACGCUUAUCAUAAAAUCAAAGUUAAACUCGAUCGCUGAAUCGUUGUACUCUACCGUUUAUUAAAAAAAUAAGUAACUUGUUUCAUCGAGAAACAUUAAAUGGGAUUCUCCUCAAA